AUGGCGGAAGACGAAGAUGGUGUUUCGGAUAAAAAAUCAUCUCCAAAUUUAAAUAAUGCAAGCUUACCCGAACAAAACCAAGAAAAUGUAUCAAAGCCUGACUUAGGGAUUGAAGAAGUAAAAUAUGACAGCAAAGAAAAUGGCUAUAAAUCACCUGCAGAACCUUCGAGUUCGACGACAAAAUCGACGGGAGCUAUGCGUAAAGAAGAUAAUCCAUUUUCGUUUCGUCACUUCCUGAAGAGGGAUCUGUCACUCCCAGGGAAUUCGACGUAUGAAAACACCGGUGCUAGGCCUAAAGUUUAUGCUAACACGGUGCAACACUCUCCCACGAGAUUAGACAAACUAGACAUUAGUAGUGAUUCGAGACGAGAGAAGAGUCGCUUCAAUGAAAAUAAAGCCAAAGAAUCUAAGACGAACAGUGUUAUGCGUAACAGUGAUGACGCUUCUUCCAGUAGUUCUGUAGAAAUACCAUUUAGUGUAGUUGAGGAAUCUGAAUCUAAGCAUAAUUUCUAUGCGGACAGUUCUGAUGGUCCAUUUUUCCAUCGGCCAAAUUUAGCAUCUGAGCCAUUGGGUAUGCCUUCACUACCAGACUUUGUACAAGAUCAUAUUUUAGUGGAGCAGGCAUAUUUAAAUUCCAAUGGACCUAUAUCAGUUGAUUUAGAUAAUUUACCUGAUUUUACAUAUACAAACAACAAUUAUAGUACUGUGUCAUCUUCAUCUUUAAAUAGAAGAAAUAAAAACAAUUACGGUACAAGAAAUUAUGACUAUGAUGCAUAUCUGGGAGUGGCCACCUCAUCUGCAGAGUCUGGACCUUCAAAUCGUAGUGUACCAUUAGAUCUGCCUAUCGAGGCAGAGGCAGCUCCACCAUUGGACUUGGUGCAUCUCAACUUAGAUCUUACUGAGUCGGUGAAUCCAGUUGACAGAAGGAAUGUGUCUCCGAGGGACAACUUUCCUUUGGAUCUCCCGCUAAAUGCUGGGGCAGAGUCUAUGCGAUUACCUGACUUCCUACCAGUACAUCCGGGCAGAACAUCUCCAGAACCGCAGCCUCAGGAAGAGCAAUUACAACAACUUGUUGAGUUAGAAAGGACUAGAUCCGAAUUGUUUAUGGAACGCAAUCGAAGAUUACGCGCAGAGGAGGAAUUGAACUCAGGAAGAGAAGAAAUUAGGUUGUUAAGAGCGGAACUGAGUGCCGUCAGGGCAUCUGAGGCAGCGUUAAGGACACAACUCAGUGAUGUGAGGCAAGCUGACCGCGACUAUGUCAGUACGAUGGAGUCGGGAACCCAACGGACUGACCACAAUUUAUUGGACGCUGCUUGUCAUGCUUCUGAGGCUGAUUGUACAGUGAGUGGACUGAAAAAUGAAAUUAAAAGACUAAAGGAAGAGUUGUCGGCGUCUCAAGAGGAGGUUCGUUCGCUGCGGAACGUGCAAGUGAAUGCAGCCGUUGACUUGCGACACGCCACAACAGUCGCCGAAACUUCGCUUAGGGAAUUAUUAUCAGGAUUGGAAAGACUUAGAUCUCUGCGCUCCACACUGGAUCCUACUUGA